UUGUGUCCCCCUCCUAUGCCGGCGGUCACACCCCCGGCGGCAGCGGGCACAGCCACGUCUCAAACAGUGGAGAGAGCUAGCCCAAUACGGCGGAAUCGAAAAGACAGAUACUACCAACAGCCCAGAGGAAGAGGGAGCUCUGCUCUCGCCGACCGGGCUUGCUGGUGGUGGCGCUACUUGUGCAUCUGGUACAAGUCGUGUACAGCAUUGAGCUUGGCACGCCUGGGCCGUUUGUGUAUGUGUGUGUGUUGCAGCCCUGACAACUAAAGGGGGGCUCGCUCGCAUAGAGGGGGGGGGCAAGAGUCAUCAAGGGGCAGGGGAUCGUCAGCAGAUGAACCGCGAGAGGGAGCGGCAUACAGCGCUAGCCAAUUCAUCGGACGAGCGAGGGGUCUCUCGUUCCGCGUCUUCUGCCGGGACACGGAAAAGGUCUGGCAGCCGGCCGUCGUCGCCGCUGCGCGUGGUCACAGCAAGCCGCGCUGAAGGCAGGGGGAUGGGGCGGCGAGGGGCGGGGCGAGGAGGGGGACUGGCGGGCUCAUCGCUGAUGCGUUUUGCUGUAGCCGUGGUGGUGGCCGCGGUCUUGUUUGCCGCGGGUCCCUGCGAGGCGACGACGAAGCCGUACGCAAGCAGGGACGAUGUGCCCGUGAUCGCCAACAAUGUAAGCAGUAGCCUUCUUUCGUGA